CCGUGGGAAACCCCGUGGAAAAUCCCCCCGUGGCUGCGCACGCAAUCGGCUGCGCAGCUGUCGCAGCACCCGUGCACCACCGCCGUUUCAUUCUUUCGCUCGGGCUUUGGCUGGUGUGCUUCGCUUCGCCCAUCUCCAGCCCAAGGCCGAUCCCAAGCCCGAUCCCAAGCAGCCCAGGCAUGUCAGAAGUCACUCUCAUCAUCGGCGCUGGCGGCCCGUCCUGCAGCGGCAAGUCGACCAUCACCAGCUGGCUUGCCCAAGUGCUCGACAACACCAUCGUUGUCCACCAGGAUAAGUAUUUCAAGUCAGAUAGCGACAUUCCGAUAACGCCGUCGGGCAUCGCCAACUGGGAUUGUCCGCAGGCUUUAGACAUGGAGGCCUUCAUCCAAGUUCUUGAGCGGCUGAAAACGCACGGCGAUCAGCAGAGCUCCAUCAUGGGCGAUAAUCGGUCGAAGCUGGAUCGGAGUGAGGUCACGACCGAGUCUGCUGAGCAGUUCAAGAGAAAAAUCAGCGAUGCUUGCGCAGAACUGAACAUCCGCCUCAAGAUUGUCCUGGUCGACGGCUUCCUUCUCUACCACACAACUCGCAUCAUCGACCUGCUCGAUAUCCGGCUCUUUUCGAAGGCAAAUUACGAGACGCUGAAGCGGCGCCGCGAGGAACGUUCAUCCUACAUUACUGCCGAAGGCUGCUGGGUUGAUCCCAAGGGCUACUUUGACGAAAUCGUCUGGCCCGAGUAUUUGAGGCACAACCACCUACCGCUACAGACAAUCUCAAGAUUGCACAGCCUCAGGAACGACUCGGAGCGCCAGGCAAUCGCACAUCUGGACGCCGAUAGCUCCGAGUUGAUUGACGGUCUCGUUCACCUGGACUCCGAAGACCGGACCAUCGAGCAGCUGCUUACGCAGGUCGUGGACAAUAUCGUCACGCAUCUCAAGUUCACAAGAGCUCCCCGCGAGAAUGGAGUCGAGUGUGCGACGGUCUGACCGGCGACUCCAUCCCGAACUCUCAGACCCCGAAAGGCACCUACUACCACAACAGCAUCGAUGCGUUGCUGCCCUCGCGUGCUGAGCCACCAUGCCUCCAAGUCCGCAAACUCGUUGUGGUGAUGGCGGCAAGGGACGGGCUGGAACUGAACCGCCCUUCGUUAUCGGCUGGGCCCGGACCCCUGCAACACCUCCCCCCCCCCACGCUCCCUGAGCCAGAGUGUACAUGAUCUCAGCGACGACGUCCACAUCCGGUUCUUCAGAAAUACAAACUGGCAGCAAAUACAAU